AUGCCUUCCUGGGCCAAAGUUAAGGCCAAGGCCAAGUCCUUGAUCCAGUCAAAGAAGCGUUCCACAAAUGAUGCAGAAUUUGACUGGUCUGAUGAGGGCCACAGUCCCCGUGAAGAGCUGGAACCCAGCGCAACCGUGGUGCCCCUUUCCCUUGCUCAAAAUUUGUACAGGGGUCAAGCAGGGCCUUACCCAAAUCUGUUUGCCGCACCUGCGGGGGCCACAGCGGACCCAGAAGCUCCCCAGACCAACCCUGGGCAUCCUCCCCAGGGGAAGGCUGUGCUGACAUUACUGGCCGAACAAGCAGGCGGCGCUGGCAUAGCCCCAGCUGAGCAAUGGGGUCGAGCUGGUCUGGAUGUUACACAUCGCCGCCGUGUGAACCAUGGUGAUCAGGAGCGAGGUGCACAUGGGCAAGGUGUGGUUGCGCAAGGCACACACGAUCGACUUUUGGCUCAACAGAGUGGCAGCGGUGAGGAGCAAGCGGUGGGUGUGUUGGAGCAGGUGGGCGAGCGAGAGGGGAGCUGUGCACUCCCUUCUCCAGCAACCCCUCAGGGGGUAGAUCAGAUGGGGAAACUGACAGUGCCUACUGGGACGGACACUGAGUUUCACAGUGACAGGGCAGCAGCCAGGGGGGCUGACACUCAGCAGACAGGCAGCUGUCACAUCAACACAGUGGCAGUUGAGCCUCCACAGUGUGAUCUGAAACAAGAGUCGAAGUUGAAGGGAAAGGCACAUGAGCUUCCUGACAACCCCUCCGGAGAAGACAGCCCACACAUUCCCAUGAGCAAGUACGACCAAAUACUAGCGGCUGUUGCCCUCCCCGCUGCCAGGCACAGCGGGGGAGCCCCCUGGUGGCACCUGCCAGCAACGAACAUCAUUCUGGUGGCGGAGAGAGUUGUGGUAGCCAGAACGUACGCCUGUCGGAGGGACACUGGAAGAAGGUGCAUCUAA